UUAACACAAUUCGCUUAUAAACCUAGCAUGGAACAAAACCACAUAAUCGUGGAUUCUUCUCCACUGAAAAUGAUAAUGGACAUUGGCACCGAGGUAAUCGGUGACAUUGGUUACGUGAUUACGUGAUUUAUGUUCAUAAAACAGACGCUGGCGUGUCAUAACGUUACAGGAAAAUCAUCGCCAUGGCCUCUCUCAAACUCUUCUCUACUCAUGACAUAUAUAUUGGUAUAACUCUGCUUAUGUCGGUACAUGGCGAAUGAAUUACCCACGUGUACGUGACGUACACGAUGUUCAGGUGUUAGGUUAACCACUUGUCAUCGUCAGUCGCUAGUCAUUCAUCAUCAAUUUUAAUGUCGUUCGGUCUAAUUUAGAGAAUUCUUUGUUGACAGAAUACUACGUUUAAGAUGACAACAAAGAAGGGCAAAGUAGCGACCAAAGGUGCAAAACAGAUAGUGGAAGAGAAUCAAUCCACGUUAAGGUUCUAUACCAACAUGGCUUUAUGCGCAAUGGGGAUUUACUUUGUUGUGACAGUGAUACUGUUUGAAUUCACAAUGCUGGAAAUAACUUUAACAGCAUUUUCUGGCAUUAUAUAUGCAAGCAGCUGCCAAUUUAUGCAUUAUAUGGCUCGAGCUACUUAUUCAGAAUCUGGUCAGCUUCUGGAUUCUGGUGUGGACCUCAAUAUGGAAGGAGGUAUAGCAGAAAAUGUCAAGGAUUUAAUUAUAUUGACAUCAGGAAUACAAAUAUUGUCUUUUGUAUCAAAUUAUUUCUGGCUGCUGUGGCUUCUUGUACCAUUAAGAGGAGGCUGGAUGCUUUGGAGACAAAUCCUAUCUCCAUGGUUCUUUACUGGACCAGAAGAACUGCCUGAGGUUAAUGAGAAGAAGCAGCGUAAGUUAGAGAAGAAGUUGAUGAGACGACACUAGUGAAGUUCCUAGAUGUCACAGUGCAAUAUAGAAACUCAGUAAAUUGUUGAUAACAACUGUUUUUUGCAUUCAACCAGGAAAUGGGGUAUAUAUCAAAGAAGCGUUGGUAAUAGAGAGGUUGUGGAAAUCCAAGUGGUUCUCUUUUUUACUAAAGAUAUCAAGGACAUCAUGAAUUACAAUAGUUUCAUAUUUAUGACAAAGAUGAUUGUAUUUAAAGUAGAUGGAACUUGAAAUUCAUAUAAUAUUACAAAGAAAUUUGAAUGCAGAGAAAGAGAGAGAAAAUGUAUGUGUGUGUAUUUCCUAAUGCCUGAAGGAUAUACGAAUCCCUUCUAAGACAGGAUAAUCUUGUCUUUCCUCAGGCAUUCCGAAUAAUUAACAUGCAGUAGAUUGCUUCGACGUUUUUCAUCGUUUGCAGCGCUAAUGGUCUCUCUUGUAAUUAUAGAAAUAACAUAACUCUGUUUUUCAAAGAUCUUCCAUUGAAAUAUGCGAGAAGUACAGUAUAAUAAAGUGGUGAACAGGUGCCUUCACAGAAACAGAGAUAAGCACGUUGAAAUGCGUGCUCUCGGAGACAUGGAAGGAUCGAAAAUUGUAUAUUGUAUUUAUGAUACUAAUGUAUGUUGUAUAUUUGAAAGUUCAGUCACAUUCUCUUUACAACACAUGUACAUCCAAUCGAUAUUGAGUUGCUAUCUAUUUAAUGAAUUGAUGAUAUUGCCAUUCGGCGAUGUCGCAUAAAUAAGAUCCCUAUUUCUUAAAUUCUGGAAGUUUAUAAAUCACAGUUGUAUUUAAAUCUAAAACAACAUACUGUAAGUUAUAAUCAUUUUUCUUAGGAAUGUUUUACUGGAACAAAGUUAAUAGCGACAUUACAUCAUUCCGAUCGACAUUAUUAUCGAGUAUACUCUGUAUUACAUAUGUAUGGUAUUUAUAUUAAUCAUUAAACUUAUUCUCUAUA